AUCGCGAGGGUUGGGAAUUUGUCGCAUUCGCCAUUUUGACGAUUGUGUAAGAAAUAUAUCUAAAGAAUAAUAAUUUAGUUAUCCGGAGACAUCCGUCCUUAUUUAUAUCAUAAGAAGAUAAAUUUGAUUUCUGUGUUUUUAACCCAUCUGGACGGACCAAGAAAUAGGGUUCGUUCCACGGGUGUCUGUUUUCUAAAUGGUUGCCUGCAGACAGCAUGUCUACUCUGUCAGGGAUUGCAUCGAAGGGGGAGAAAGGAAAAGCCAAGUAUCAAUCCCUAGAUAUAAAUAAUUUGUACCGGGUGAGUAGGGGCGAGUCUUUGGAACCACACCAGCAAAAAAAUGCACUCCCAAGAAAGAUUGGCAUGCAAUGCCUGGGCAAACUGCCCUCAGCCCGCCGUCCUCCAGCUAACCUCCCAAGUUUGAAAUCUGAACAUAGUGGAAACGAUCCAGCAGUAAGUUUAGUUCCAAGCGGUGGUUCAGGAUGGGGUGCGAGCAAACUUGGAGAUGCAACCUCUACGUCAGGGACAUCAGCUUCAACAUCAAAUGUAUCAGCAACACCCCCAACAGCACCUCAAGCAGCUGCAACUCUCUCUCCUGCUACACAAGCUGCUGCUUCAAGUGCAGCUGCAAACGCACCUAUUCCACCUGCCGCAGCGCAAUUACAUCAACCUCAACACCAUUACGGCAGCUCAGGAGACAAAUCAUGGAGCAGUAUAAUGGUCGGCGGAGGGGGGAGCGACCCUGCAAGUGUUGCUGCCCCAUCCUUCCUAGCCCACCAGUCACCGUUGUUCCAACAGGAGUUUCCCUCCUUGUCAAGUGGCGAUGGACAGGGUCCUGCUGCUGGGCAGAAAGGUGGAUCCGGCGCAGGAGGUCCAGAGUCACAGUAUGGACCUGGACCCAAUCUCCGUCCUCAAAGCGGAGAUCUAGGUGGCGGUCGGAGCAACUUGGGCCAGCUGGGACCCCAGGGUGCGGGCAUGGGCCAGGCAGGCCAAGCCAACGGCCCUGGAUCGGGCCCUCUGGCGGGCCAGGGGGGACCCAUCGGAGCCUUUAGGGGGGUCAUGCCCCCCUUUAUGUACAGAGGUGGCUUUCCAGGCCCCUUCCCUCCCAACUUCCAAGGCCCCCGCCCACGCUUCCCCUAUGACCAGGGUGGGAGAUUCCCUCCACCACGACUUGGUCCUCAACAAUCUGAUGGCCGAGGCAGGAGACAAGAAGGGGACAGGGGACAUGGAGCGCCUGAUGAUGAUAUUAUUGUACCUCGACCUAUUAUUAAAGAGGAAGAUCUUAAAUGUAUGGAUGACAUUGGCCGCGAUGCUGGCUGGGCUGUCAGUGAUGACAUAGACUACAAUCAAAAAUUAACCUUCAGCGAUGAUGAAUCAACUGACGACAAGAGAAAAUCAGACAAAGAUAAUCGUGACUCUAGGGGUGGACGCGAGGACCGCGACCGUGAACGUCCCAUUGAGCGCGACAGGGAUCGUGACAGGGAUCCUGACAAGAUGGAUAGGGAGGACCAUCCAAGGAACGACCGUCGAGGCGACAAGCGCUGGCAGGGUGGGCGGCCACCCCCAUCAGACUUUCGCUCUCCGCCGCACUCCGCACCUUUGGGUGGGCCCAACCGGGCAGCCCCUCACGGUGGCCGGGUGGUGCAGGAGGAGGAGGAGCUGUGGACCGAGCAGCGGCGGAAGCAGAACGAGCAGAUGGCUGCUAUUGUGGAGCGCGCCAAGCUGCGCCGGGAGGAGGAGGAGAAGCGCUUCGAGGAGCGCCAGGCCAAGGCCAAGAAGAAGCUGGCCGAGCUGGACGCGCGCAAGGCCAAGGAGGCGGGCGGCGCCGACGACGCGUCCGCCCCGGGCUCCGGCGCGGCCGAGGCCGGCGAUGACAAGCCGAGCAGGGAGGCUGUCGACUUCCACCAGCUCACCAAGAUCGAGCGGCCCACCUUUGUAAGGGAGCGCGAGCGGGAGCGCCAGAGGGAGCUGGAGCGCGAGAGGGAGCGGGAGCGGGACCGCGAGCGGGACCGUGAGCGCGACCGCGACCGUGACCGCGACCGCGGGGACCGUGACCGCGGCGACCGAGACCGCGAGCGCGACCGGGAGCGGGAGCUGCGGUCGGAGCGCGACCGGGAGCGCGAGCUCCGCGGCGAGAGGAUGACGGGCCACCCCGAGUCCGGGCCGCCCUUCAGCCGCCACUUUCAGAGCAACCUGCCGCCUCGCUUCCAGAAGCAGCAGGCGGAGCGCGGCGAGCGCGGGGGCGAGCGCGGGGGUGAGCGCGGGGGCGAGCGCCACGCGCCGGCCUCCAACAGCCACCCGGCGCCUCCCAGCCAGGCGUUCGAGCAGCGCUGGGCCAUCCCCACCACCAACAAUGCACCUGUGUACCAGGCCGGCAAAGGGCCGCUGGGCCGGCGAGGAGGCCGCCCGGAUGACCCCGCCGUCGACCGGGAUCGGGACCGCGAGCGUGAUCGCGACCGAGAACGUGACCGUGAGCGGGAGCCGCUGGACGACAGGCCGCCGAGUCGCGACCCCCGGGACCCUCACCGGGAGCGUGACCGACGAGACCGGACCACCCCUGAGGCCAAUGAUAGGUUCCGGCCUGCCCGCGACCGCGACUACCGGGAAGGCUCCGGCCGGAAGGGGUAUUACGAUAGCGCCGAGUACGGCCGGUACGGCCGCGGGGACUAUCGCGGACCAGAGUAUGACAGAAAGGAGCGCGAGGAGUGGGACAGGCACCACGACGAGCGCAGGGGCGACCCAAAGAAGGACUACAAGUCGCAUGAGGAGUUUGAUGAGCGGGAGCUGAGCCGCCAGGACAGCGGCGGCAGCGAGUGGCGGGACAAGGACCGUGACAAGGGAGACCGUCGCGACCGCCGCGACUCGCGGGAGCGCGAUGUCCGGGACAUGCGUGACCCUCGUGACCUCAUGGAGCGCGACCGCUUCCGCGACCGGGACCCGCGUGACCUGCACCGGGACCCGCGGGACCGGGAGCGGGACCUGCGCGAGCGCGACCCCAGGGACUCCCGCGACGUCCGCGACAGGGAGCGGGACAGCCGGGAGCGGGACAUCCGGGACCGCGACAGGAGAGGCGGCCGCGACGACCGCGACCGGGAGCGCGACGUUCGCGACCGGGAACGUGAGAUGUUCCACGAGCGGCCGCAGCGGCCCGACAGCCGGGACAGCCGAGCCUCCAGGGACUCGCGCAACUCCAGGGACGACGUCAAGAUGGACACGUCGGGAUCCUGGGCCGAUGCCUCGUUCGACCCCCACUACGACUCGAAGGACAAGAAGCACCGCGACUUCUACCGCGACCGCCGCGACGGGCCCGUGAACGACAAGGUGGACCGUGAGCCCAUGAAGCAGCCCGAGACCUGGAGGUCGCCGCCCAGCAAGGGCGUGGACUCCGUCAUCGCGGAGAAGGAGGUGGGCGGCAAGGCUUGGGCCGACCAGCUCGCCCCCGGCGACCAGCCCCUUACCCUCGACCCCAAGGACAUGGUCGGUGGCGAGAAGAUCAAGGACAUGACGAAGGAGGUUGACAGGAUCACUGGCAUGCUGGGCGACAAGCUGGAACUCAAUGACGUCCACGGGGACCACCGGGACGAUGACAAGUCGCGAGAGGACGACAAGCUGGACGAGGGCAAGUCCAAGACUGGACGUCGCAGUGGCCGCGGCGGCCGCUCUGGUGACCAGCCUCGGGGCAGCGGGGGCGGAGCUGGCCAAGGCCCCGGAUCUCGGCGCUCUGGCCGCUCAUACGGCGGGCGGCGCUCGGGCCGAGGCCGCGGUGGUGACUAUGAGGGCAGCGUGUCCGAGGCCUCGGGCGACGAGAUCUCCGUGUCCACCGAGUCCGGCAAGGAGGACCUGCGCGGCGGAGCUGGAGGUCCCGCGGACGGCGGCAAGGGUCGGCGCGGACCGAGGUCCCCCAAGUCGCGGCGGAGGAAGGACGACAACAAGAAGGACGACAAGGACUACGACGGCAGAGGCGGCCCCAAGGACCCCCUGUCGGGCCCCAAGGAGCCCCUCAAGGACCUGGGCCGCGACAUGCUCCGCGACCCCACGCGCGAGCCCCAGCCGCCGGGCCAGGCCAUCAAGGAGGGCUUCGCCCCCCGCGGCGAGCCGUCGCGGCGCGGGCGCGGAGGCAUGGGCGCCGUGUCCUCUGGGCGCGGCCCGCCCGGCGGCAUGGCCAACCCCGGCCCCGUGGGUCGCCGCAUGGACGGCUACGGCCCGCCGCCCUCGAAGAGCCCCUUCGGCCAGGCCUCGGGUCCGGCGUCGGCGCAGCAAGAGAAGGACGGGCACGACGGCGGCGGCAUGGAGUCCCAGGGCCUCGGCCUGGACAUGGACGACAAGAAGGCGCCGGGCUCGCUGGGCGGCGUGAUCGGCAGCGGCCUGCGCUCGGGACCCCCCGGCGUCAACACGGGGCCGGGCAAGCCCGGCGCGCCCCCCGGCUCCCAGGGCUCCACCCAGGGCGCUCCCCCGGGCGCGCCGCGCGGUGGUCCCGGCGGCCCCGGCCGCAAGGGUGACGGCGAGCCUCGCGGCGAGCGCAAGGAGCCGCGGCGCCGCGACCGGGACCGACCCCGGGGCCCCAAGCUCAACGCCGCGGAGGGCGCCGAGGAGUACGAGAGCGUGUCGGAGCUGAGCGAGGGCGACGACCGUCACGACCCGCGCAACGGCCAGGGCGGCCGGCGACCGGGCGGCUUCCGCGACAAGACGAGCGGCGGCCCGCCCGGCCAGAGCCUGGGCCGCCAGGAAUCUGGGCGUAGCGGUAGCGGCCGCCGCGGCGGUGGCAAGGACGGCCAGGGCGGGCGCGACCGCGACCGUGACCGCGACAAGCGACGUGACGGCGGCAACGGUGGAGGCCAGUCCGGUGGAGGCCGAGGCGCGGGCGGCGGCGGCGGCGGCGGCGGUCCCCCUCAGACCAACGGACGGGUCGGCGGCGGGCGGCGCGAGGCGGGCCCCGGGCAGGGAGGACCCCCACAUCCCCAGCAGGGCAAGGUGUCUCAGAGCACGGUCGCCGUCAACCGCCUGGACGAGGUCAAGGUGAACGACCCCGCCCUGGUGUCGCAGGCCAUCACCGACCUGGCCAAGAAAGAGAAGGACAAGGCCAACAACCUGGAGGGCAUCGAUCUCAACAACUUCGCAAGUGUGGUGGUAGUUGAUGACCAUCCAGAGGUGGCAGUCCAAGAAGACCCUUCACUUUUUGAUGCAGACAAUGGCUUCCAAGAGGUCCGCAACAAGAAGACGACUAAAGACACCAAGAAAGAAGAACCUGCCCCCAAGGGUGGUCGUGGAAAAUCCCAGUCGCAAAGUCAGCCCUCUCAGUCCGGGUCCUCUCAACCUCAGCCUGGUCAACAGCCAGCACAACAACCAACUCCAUUGAUGUCAAUCAAUGCUCAGCCCCCAUCCAAACAGAGCUUUGAGCGGUCUAGGCCCUCCAAACUUCCUCCUCGCUUAGCCAAACAACGCGAGAAUAACCGUCUACAGAAGCAACAAGCUGCAGCUGCACAGCAGCACGACAUUAGUGAAAUGAACAAAGUUAAUCAAAACAUUAGCAUGUACCCAAUGAAAGAUUCAUCUGGGCCUGCCCCUCCUCCUCCUGUCAAUGCUUGGGAUAAGCCAAUCAAUGCUAGUUUAAGGCCAAGUUCACCUAGCACUACCAAUAUUCCUAGUGGACUACAACUUGUGGCUAGCAUAGCUGAUAAUUGCAGCAAUAUUGAUGGAGCAGGUUCGGGUGGUUCAAGUCAGCGCAGCAGCCCUGCUGUUGACAAGUUAGGACGAGAGGUUCGGGAGCCCCGAGAUGCAAGAGAUGCACAUGAACAAGCAGGUUCUGUUGCAGCUAAAGAUGCAGUACUUGAUGGUGCGUCUCCACCUGUACAAACAAUUAUAUUUGAAAACACAAAUUACAAGCAAGCUCCAACAGCAUCAAGUAAAUUUUCAAGUCACCCUAAAGGUGGCUCUAGGGUAGACAAACCAAGAGACUUGGAUGACGGCUCAUCCCAUUCACAUCAGCAUCCUCACCCAUCAAAUCUUGGAUUUGACAUGAAGUCGGAUGCCAUGGAUGGCAAUGAUAUGAAGCUCGACUUCACAUUCGAGUGCCCUGAUUUGGACGACAAAGCAGGGAAAAGCAUGGGAUUACCUCGCACCAUGCAUUCCACUCACCCUUCCACUGUAGACUUGACCUCUAAAAUUGCUGCUGUGAAAAAAGUGUGGGAGACUCCAACUGGUUAUUCUCAUGCAGAUGAAAGUCAAGCGUAUCCCCCUCCAUUUGUAUCCGAGGCAGGACUUGAUGCUGCUGCAUUCAGGAAAGCUGUCGAAUCUCCUCAAAUGCAGAUGGAUGAGAACUCUGAAGUGGUGUACUCACCUGGACCUCAGAUGCAACCCAACCCUAACAGUUAUGGAGUGUCUGGUGUUACUGGAGUGUCAGCUGUACCAGGAAACUCAGCAUCACCCAAUGUGUGUAAAGUUAAGCCUCAGCCAUCAGUCAUGCCACCAGGACCUCAGCUCUCUCCACCACCCUUCAACUCACAACCUACAAGUCACAUCGCUAACUUCCAGUCAUUUCUCUCUAUGCAGCCCACGAUGAGCAGCAAUGCUGCUCAGUUCGGUGGUAUUUCUGCUAUUCCCUCCCCACCAACGGUGCUUUACAAUUCAUCGCAAGCUGGCCUUUACCAAACAUUCUUGGGAGAUGCCCCUGUGCUUGGAGGACAGCCAUUGGGCGGACAGGCCCUUGGAGGACAGCCUCUUGGUGGUCAACCUUUGGGAGGACAACCCUUAGGGGCGCAAGCCUUGGGAGGACAGCCUCUUAGUGGGCAACCGCUUGGCGGGCAGCCUCUUGGCGGACAGCCCUUAGGUGGACAGCCUUUGGGUGGACAACAACUUGGUGGACAGCCACUGGGUGGUCAACCUCUUGGAGGACAGUUGGGAGGACAGCCACGCUCUCAGUUUACCCAAUUCCCUCCAUACCAACUUUCUCAAGGGUUGACGGGGUCAUCGUUCAAUCAGCAAUCUGUGUAUGUGCAUCAAAACCCUGCUCAUCCACCUCCAAGUGCUGGACCAGAUCUGUACCAACCCAUGUCACAGUAUCGUAUGCAGCCUCCUGGUGGACCAUUUGGGCAAUCUCAGCAACUGAAUUCAAACCCCAACACUGUCCUCAUAUCCUCUUCAUCCAAUUCCCUUAUGUCAGCAAGUGUGAAGCCCUCAUCACAUUCAGGGCAGAUUGGUGCUAUUGGAACUAAAGGAGGCGCUCCAUCUCCAUUCCAAACUUCAGCUCCUCAAUCCCAGCUGUACAUCCAAUAUGAUCCUAGCCUAGUCCUCAGUGGGAAUCAGAACUAUCUGUCAAACUCACCACUUGUUCAGAGGGCUACACCAGUUCAAAACAUGCAGUCGUCAAGCUUUUACUCAACCAACGCUGGUGCUCAAGCUGGAUUUUACCAAACUGGGUCCUCCCUUCAGGCAGCUCCUGCAGCUCCUCAGCUACAUCAAACAGCCGGACCCUUUGGACUCCAGAGCUUCAGCCAACAUGCACCUUUUUUGUCCUCAAACUUGCAGAUUGCAGCAGCUGUCCAACAGCAACAGCAGCAGCAGCAACAACAGCAGCAACAAUAUCGCAAUUCUCAACCUAGCUAUUUAAAGGGAGGGUUGAGUCAGCAGUCCCAACCUCCUCCUCCCUCAUCACCAUCUUCUCAACAACCAGAUAUGUUGAAUUCGGUUUUUUCCUCAGGGUCCCAAAUCCCAUCCCCUAAGUCUCGAGAUUCAAAGAAGUCUCAGUCAGGACCACAGGGUGGGCAAGGCGCACAAAACCAGCAUAGCCCCACUCCUCAGCACCAGGGUGACCCUAGAUCUGGACCUGGAGGGCCAGGACCUUCAGGACAGGGGCAGUCCGGCCAAGGACACAAAUUUUCUGCAUACCAAGGCAUGCCCCAAUCCUCUCAUGGCUAUGGUCAUUUUUUCCAGAUGAUGCAACAAAAUGUGCGGGGCAAUCAAAUGAAUGUGGGACCUCGUGGUAACAUGGGCCAGUCAGGUCAAUCCAGGUAUCCCGCACCAAUUCAGCGACCCAACUCAUACAACCAGAGUGGUGUGCAAUCUGGUGGUAAUAUGAAUACAAAUAGACAUCGUACCCCUGCGCACAAUACAUCCAGACCACCACCAUCAGUGGGCAAACAAAACUACUAUGGUUCAUCUCAAAGUGGUUCAGUGAAGAUGGAUAAUUCGGGAAGCAGUGAAACAAGUAAGACCGAAAAUAGCACUGCUGAGCGGAAGGACACUCCUACUCCAAACAGUGGCACCACUGAAAAUAGUGCACCAACAGAAGCAACUAAAGAUGAAGCACCUGCUCCAAGUGCUGAAUAGUGUAUUCAUCUCCCCUUUUUCCCUUUUCCGUGUUCAGACAUUUUCCAUAAACUCUAAACUUGAAAGUGGGACAAUUAGUCAGAAAUAAAAUGGCUGUUAUGCCCUUUUUUCAAGCCUUCUUGGAUUUGAUGUGAAGAUGAAUGGAGGCCAGAAACUGGCACAUAUAUUUAGGUGUCAUAAUUAGAGUGGUACGUGGGAUUGUUGUUAUGUAUUGUUUAGUUUUAACCAAAAGAAAAAAAACAAGCACGCCAUUAACCUCUCAUGGACGCUCAACGGAUUCUCUUGGGAGCACUUGCCGUGCCUAUGUACCGAUCGCGGCGGUACUAAAGGUCGACUUGCUCCUAAUUAACUUGAACACUCUUUAUGUUCAUUACCUUAACAGAUAUGUCAAAAGUUCCUCCAUGACUGCCACUCUGUGCUGAAGACUUGAGCAUUUGAGUGCAGUUCAGCAUCAUGCGCUGGGACAUUUUUUUGUGAUUGUCAGUGAUCAGAGGACGGCAUUGAAGUGGAUACAGCCCUCUUUUCUUGAAUGCAAAUUUGCACAGUAUUCAAUGCAACUGCCCAUACCUUCUACAUAGAUGAUGUGGCAGUGUAUUCAACACGAUUAGAGUAAAAUGGAAUGACUAGUUUAAGGUGAAUGUUUCUUUUAUGUUGUGGAACUGAAAGCAAGUUUGGACUCAUUAGAGCUUGUGAACUGCAUUGCUACGAGACUGAGGGCUGAAGGUGAAGACUGAAGCUCUGUCAGAUACUGGUGGUGUUUUUUGAUGGGGCUCCAGCAAACACAUCUUUUGAUUACUCUGCAAGAGUCUUAGACUGCAGAUGAUGUGUGUGGAGCCUUUUUCGCGCCAAUUUCGUUGAUAUCACCAUGUUUUGGGGAUGACCAACGAGAAAUUAAACUGCCACCUAAUAUGCAAGUAGCUAAUGAGAGCCCCUAUUAUGAUCGUGAUUUGAUGUUUUUAUUGCUUAGUCAUGUACUGAUCACUUUUUGAAAAUUGUCUUAUUUAUCAGUGUUGUCAAGUGUUGAAAUAAAUUGUACAAUUGUCCCAUGAAUGUACUCCUUUCAGUGGUUUCAGGACUGUUAUGUAAAAUCAAAUCAUAUUCUGCAUGUUAGCUGUUCUGUUUUUUGCAUCAGAUUGAUUUGUGUCCUGUUACCUUGUUAGUGGUAUUUACAUUCCAGAAAUGGGUCAUAUGAAUUGUAUAAUUUUGUCAGCAUAUGUGGAUUCCUUUGUGUAAAGAUUUUGCUCUUCUAUCAAUUGCCAAUGUACAUGAAUGAUCCACCUUAAUUGAGCAAUUAGUACAAGAAUGUGUUUGUAAGAUAGUGCUCACAAUCAGUUGAUGAACUUUUUUUUAUUUGAGGCACAUUGCCUGACUGGAGUCAUGCGUGGUUGACCCACAUGGAUCAUCACCAACUUCAUCUCAAUUUUACAUGUCAACCAGUCAAAGGGAAUAUCGCUUCCUUUGAAAUUCUAGAUACUGCCUUUUUAAAAUCAAUAAACUAUUAUAUGAAGAGAGA